AUGACGGUUGUGCAAAGCAACGGUGUUCACAAGGCGUUGCCUUCGGCAUUGCCUCUGGUACAAAAGUCUACAAAGGAUCAUGACCUUGUCUUGAAAACAUUCCGACUGCUUAUUGCGGACCUCUGUCAGCAGUUUGGGGGUGGCCAUCCUGGUGGUGCGAUUGGCAUGGCCGCCAUUGGUGUCGCUCUUUGGAAAUACGUUAUGCGCUACGCCCCACAUACCCCGGAUUUCUUCAAUCGCGAUCGCUUCGUUCUGUCUAAUGGACACACAUGUCUCUUCCAAUACUCCUUCUUGCACCUGACUGGAUACAAAGCCAUGACUUUUGACCAACUAAAGUCCUACCACUCAGAUCGGGUUGACGCGUUCUGUCCGGGACACCCUGAGAUUGAACAUGAGGGAAUCGAGGUCACGACCGGACCCUUGGGACAGGGAAUCGCAAAUGCAGUCGGUCUUGCCAUGGCAACAAAGAAUCUCGCAACAACUUACAAUCGUCCUGGCUACGAUGUUGUCUCUAACCACACAUGGUGCAUGAUUGGUGACGCCUGCUUACAAGAGGGUGUUGCGCUUGAAUCAAUUUCGCUGGCUGGUCACUUUCGCUUGAAUAAUCUUACAGUGGUCUACGACAAUAACCAGAUCACCUGUGAUGGAUCUGUCGACCUCACUAAUACCGAGAACAUCAAUGACAAGAUGCGCGCUAGUGGCUGGGAUGUGAUUGAUGUUGAGAAUGGCUGUUACGAUGUCGAGGGAAUUGUACGUGCUUUGGAGCAGGCUCGCGACUCUCAAGAGAAACCCACCUUUAUCAAUGUCAAGACAGUCAUUGGUCUUGAUAGUCACGUCGCUGGUACCGCUACUGCUCACGGUGCUGCCUUCGGUGUCAACAGCGUGGCCGAUAUUAAGAAGCUCUAUGGAUUCAACCCGGAGCAGCACUUUGCGAUUGGCGACGAGGUCCGUCAGUUCUUUCAGGAAUUACCAGCUCGUGGUGAGCAAUGGGUUCAAGAAUGGAAGCAAUUGGUCAACGACUACACUACCCAACACCCAGAAAUUGCCGCCGAGUUUCAAGCCCGUGUUCGUGGUGAGCUACCAGCAAACUGGCAAGAUCAUAUCCCCAGUAGCUUUCCUGAGAAGCCAACCGCCUCUCGUGCCUCAUCUGGACUUGUCUUCAACCCCAUCGCAAAGGAGGUCAAAUCAUUCAUGGUCGGAACCGCUGAUUUGUCUCCAUCUGUGAACAUGAUUUGGCCCGGGAAGACCGACUUCCAGCAUCCCGAUCUACGUACUACCUGUGGGAUCAACGGAAACUACUCCGGUCGCUACAUCCACUGGGGCAUCCGCGAGCACGCAAUGUGUGCUAUCUCCAACGGCCUCGCCGCAUACUCUCCAAACACCAUCAUCCCCGUUACCUCUUCCUUCUUCAUGUUCUACCUGUAUGCCGCCCCCGCAGUUCGAAUGGGAGCUCUUCAGCACCUCCAGGGUAUCCACGUAGCAACACACGACUCCAUAGGCAUGGGCGAGGACGGUCCCACCCACCAGCCAAUCGAACUUGCGGCUCUAUACCGCGCCAUGCCCAACAUUCUCUACAUCCGCCCCGGUGACAGCGAAGAGGUGGCCGGCGCCUGGAUUGCAGCCAUUAACGCAAAGAAAACACCAACCAUCAUCUCUACGUCUCGUCAUGCCCUGCCCCAGCUCUCGCAGACCCGCCGCGAAUCUGUCGCACGUGGCGCCUAUGUUCUUGAAGAAGACGAGUCGGCGACUUUGACCCUGAUCGGCGUUGGAGCUGAGCUCUCCUUCGCAUUGGGGGUUGCUUCGCAGCUGAAAGCCCAGAAGGGAAUCAAUGCUCGUGUGGUCAGUUUCCCUUGCCAACGCCUCUUUGAGCAGCAGUCUCUUCAGUAUAAGCGUGAUACCCUCCGUCGUCACCGUGGCAUUCCUGCUGUUGUGAUUGAGCCCUAUGCGCCCAAUGGAUGGGAGCGCUACGCUAAUGCGGGUAUUAAUCUCAAGCGCUUUGGUCACAGCUUGCCUGGAAAGGCGGCGUACAAGUUCUUUGGCUACGAGAUUGAUACUUUGACCUCUAAGGUCGCGGGAUACCUUGAUCAGCUUAAGGGAGAUGAGUAUCUCCAGAGCGAGUUUGUUGAGCUAUAA